ACCCAAAUGAAAGGUUUCAAAGCCCGUUUGCAUGUAGCACGCUGUAACUAUCAUUUAUUCCUGCUAUCCUAUACCCUCGCUUUUAUCGAUGUUUCUGGCAGCAGUCGUCGUGGCAGCAGCAACUACUGUCGCCCUGAUCGCAAUGCGAUUGUGGCAAAUUACACCCGGAUGUCAUUCCAGUAAACCAUUGAAUCGACGAGAAUCAAGUUGCAGAACGCUCAUUUUCCUUGGAUCGGGUGGACACACAGCAGAAAUGAUGGCACUGGUAUCGACGUUGAAUCAAGAGCUUUACACACCACGCUUUUAUCUGGUUGCUGAGUCCGAUACUUUAAGUGAAUCCAAAGCAAAAGCACAAGAUGCUAAAGGUGCUGUGUAUCGACUGCCACGCGCACGUGAGGUUGGCCAAAGCUGGACUAAAGUACCUAUCAGUAUGGCGUGUGCUCUCAUGGUAUCCAUUGGACUGUUUUUACAGACCAUGCCUGAUCUGAUUCUGUGUAACGGCCCAGGAAGCUGCAUUCCAAUAUGUAUGGCGGCGUAUCUUGUCAGGAUUCUCGGUCUCCGACGCGUCCAGAUCGUUUACGUCGAAUCAUUUGCUCGAGUGACAAGGCUAUCGCUGACAGGCAGACUGCUGUACCUCUUUGUCGAUCGAUUCAUUGUCCAGUGGCCAGAACUCGUGCAGAGAUACCCCAAAGCCGAAUACCACGGCAUACUUGUUUGAGAGCAAUGGACGAGUUUGAAGCCAUUAAAAAAUAUCAACAACAAUAACAAAUAUAAAAAGAAGCUCGGCGUUUCAAAAACUU